CGCAGCUUUGGCUAGAGGCUCGUUUUUCGUUUCAUUCAUGGAGGAUGUUUAAAAAAAUGUCAUUGUCAUGUCUGAUGAUCGUAAAUUAUCUAAUAACGUGGAGAGCAAAUGAAUAGUCCUAAAGGGAAGGAAGGGAGAGGAGAAGAAGAAGAAGAAGGAGAUUAUGUGCAAGAUGGAGCGAUGGUAUCACCAAGCUAGAAAUGGAUUCGCAAGAACAGCGGCAGCUGCUAAAUCAGAUUGGUAUUUAAUUAAUACAAAAAUGCAACUAUGUGAUAAAAAAUUACCUAUACAGAAACCAUAAAAAAUAGCAGUCGGUUCAGACCAAUAGGUAGGAGGAAGGAUAGUCAGUUGGCAGACGGUUUUAACACCAAUGAAGGUAUUGGGUAUUUAUUUGGAACAUUCAUUUGAAACGGGAUUGUAUAUAAUAUACGCUAGGCGCAUUAAGUAGAUUUGCCGAAAGAUUUCAAUAUUACAUUUAUGUUGCUUAAAUUGUAAUUUUGUUAUAUUAUUGUAAUUAAUAUAUAGAAUCCCAUUUCCAAAUAUGGUUUAUUAGGCAACCAUUUCAUUGAAGAACUUUUUACUAAGUUCAUUUUUGUAACUAGAAAAGAGAAUAAAUGGAAUUGAAAAGAAUUGAAGCUGAUGAUACCAUGGAAACCAUUUUUUUUAUUAAAGGAAGGAACGGUAUAACGGCACAACUACAACGCGAGUGAAUAUUUAUAAGUCCUAAUCCGCACUGAUGGAAACGUUCAAUGGUGUAUUUGGUUAAUCCAAAAGAUGUAAGCAGGGGGAUAUAUGGUGUACGAUUUAAGAGCUUUUAAGAGCCGUGGCAAGAAUAAGGCAAGUGACGCGUAAGAGCGUUACUUGACAGCAGAAGUCGCAAAAGUCUGACCGUUCGAUCAUUAUAAAUAACUAUUGCGCUUUUUUGAACGCGAAAGAAAUACGAAACAUGGCGAUGUUUAUGUUAAAAGUCGCCGAGGCGCUGACUUGCUUCCGAACAUGUGGGCCAAGUAUCAAAUUUUAUUAUAAAUAGCGUUAGGAAAACAGUUGAAAGAUGGUGAACGCCCCUCCAAUUAGAAAGUUUUCAUAUAUAGAUUGCCGCCGGCAGCUUAGGAUGCAUACGGAUUUUUUCCUUUGUUCUCACAGAGUUUUUCGGGUCAUUUAUAUGAAAUUGAAGACAGCGUAAGGUUAAGACAAUUUAUCUAUCUCAUUAUGUACGUGCAUUUACUAACAAUGGUAUGCGUCGCCGGUAUACAUGUGAUAUUCGGGGGCAUGUUAAUAAAAUAACCGUUAUGGCGUAAACUACGCCUUCCAUAUAAUUUGAAAUAAUUGAUUAACACAGAUUAUUCAGUAAAAUACCCAAUUAUCAUGGCGUAUAUUCAGCGUAUUUGUCCGGCAUAUGAAAAUAUAUUGUAGUGCAGACUAUUUAUACGGUCAGAAUAACAUUUGGUUAGUAUUUGGAAAGCGUAUUUAACCAGUUUUGAAUCUCAGAUAAUAUACAAAUAAAUUAAACAGUCAAUAUUUGUAUAGGGGGGUAUUUUGUAGCAGGUGUAAAAUUUUAUUUCCUUUUCUUACCAACAGAUAGAAGAUUAUCUUCUAACUCAAGAAAAGAACAAGAAAAAUUAAAAACUUAUUUAUAUCUUCAAUAUUUGUCACAUGUGUCAAAAGUUCCUGUAAUAUCAAUAUAGGUCGGACCUCUAUAUAUCUACUAGCCUUAUGGAAAAACUCCAUAAAAAAAUUAUAAUAUAUUAUAAUCAAAUUUGGAAAUAUAUUAUAAGAAACACUAAAAACACUUUUAUUAUUUCCUUUAUCGCUUUUGUUUUAAUACACGGAUAUCGUUAUAAAACGACAAACGAAAACCAACAAACACAUUUUAUAUUACAAACACGUACGAUAUAUUUUGAUAUUGUAAAGAGAUGACUGGCCUGAAAGGUCUGUCAAAGCGUUUAAACGAAAAAAAUUGUCAGCGAACUUGGUCAUGCACGACCGAAAGAGUUGAGAAUCGAUCAUGCGAGAAGACUGAACGCUCGAAAAAUUGAUCUAUGGACGCUUUCUGCACCGCUGUGUCCAAUUAAGGGCGUUAUGGUAAUUAAAAGUCAAAUAUAACUUCACACAGGUAUGCAUUUCGCGUUGGACAAAUAAAUAAACACAACUGCACUAAAUGUAACCCAGAACAUGCUUUUUUAAAUGUAAAAAUUAAUAUUGUUCGAUUACAACGUCUUAGAUAAUAUUAAUGAUAUGUGCGAUGGUGGUGUAAUGGUCAGCAUAGUUGCCUUCCAAGCAGUUGAUCCGGGUUCGAUUCCCGGCCAUCGCAUAAUUAUUUUUUGCCAGAAUGUCUUUAUUCAUGAAAUAGUAUUGUCUUACUUAAUUUGCUGCAAUUUUCUUACAAAAAUUCUCUAUUUAUUACUGUUUUAAUUUGCCAACAAAGAUGGUAACAAAGAAAUAGGUUUCAGAAAUGAUAAUUACUGAAAUAUGAGAAAUGGGUCUAGAAAUUCUCUUUAGCUAUAAAGAAUACGUUCAUUUUUUAUUUAUAAUUUACAUUUACUUGGAAUCUCCAUUUUCUUUUAAAAUUGUAAGGAAAAGGGUAUCUUAAAUAUGUAUUAUUAUAUUUCUAAGUAAAAGUAGUCGAAAGGAUAAAACUAACCAAAAAUAUUUACAGGAUGAGUCAACGAUAAAGUUGUGAAGAUUGCUAGGAUGCAUAGAUUAAUAGUAUAUUAUGCAACAAGUGCGGUAAACGGCAUUUUACUCGCGAGUUUAUUUGACACGAGCGGAGCGCAGCGUGUUGCAUACUAUACUUUUUCUACGACCGUUAGUUUUUGGGUACAUACAAUACAUUCACUGACAUGGUCGUCAUAAUUGACAAACGUCAAAAUUCAAAGCGUGGGAAAUAUCUCCGAAAACAUCCGAUUGCUGGCAAACUCGUGCGGUAAAAUCCCGGAAAUGUCCGAAGUGCCUCGGAUUCGUGGGAAACGAAACUGACGUGGUAAAGUGACGCUUCCUGCACGCCAGAUUGAUUGCUCACUCCAAAUCCGCAUCUGUUGAGAAUCCCGGUCGAUCGUAUAGCCCUAUAUCAUCCCCCCGGCGAAGAAAAUGGCUAAGAGGUUCAUCCCGGUCACUUAUCGGACAACCCCCGUAAUCCCGACUCACCUGAUGAAAAAUUCAGGGUGCUAAACUUUGAAUUGCCCAUAUAUGAAAUAUCUAUAACGGCGGCUCGCGGCCUUAAGGGGUGGGGGCGGUGGAAAUCGAGCAAGCGCGCUCCACUGUUGCCAAUGGCAGUCAGUUCGUAACUAAACGCCGCAUGAGAUGGAAUCGACGCUGCUACGCUUCUCGGUCUCCUAAACACGCGUAUGCCGUUUGACAUGUAGACAUUGACGAAUCCGUUCACGAAAAUAAAGUGACAUUCUGACUGAACCGAGUUGUUUUUUUUUACUUCUUUUCUGGGGUGGUGGUUAUGUGUUACCGUUGACUGUUUUGUGGUUGCUUGUUUUUUAUUUAUUGUGGAUUAUUUUACGGGGUGAUUUGGACAGAUUGAGAAACUCUUCCAAGAUCAUAUAGGAAAAUACAGACUGGAUAGCACCGAUAUAAACAUGUCGUGAUCUUAACUUUAUUUACGAGGCCAGAUCCUCGUCCGAUAGACCAGGAGCAUGAAGAGCAGGCUGACACCAGUUUGCAUCCUCCUUAUUUUUUACUUGGACCCGGGCGAAGCUGUUGAUCCGUCUCAAUGCAUAGCGCCCAUUGGCAUGGAGAACGGAGCAAUCAAGGACAGCGAUAUUAGUGCCAGCUCGUCUUUCGACAGCGGCAAUGUGGGACCACAACAUGGAAGAGUGCGGACCGACAAAAACGGAGGGGCUUGGUGUCCGCAGAAACAAGCGACAACCGAACCUGAAGAAUGGAUCCAGAUCGACCUGAAGACGGUCCACAUGAUCACGGCAACCGAAACCCAAGGUCGGUUCGGUAACGGGCAAGGUAUCGAAUACGCCGAAGCCUACAUGCUGGAGUACUGGAGACCGAGGUUGCAGAAGUGGAUUCGGUAUCAUGAUGCCAAAGGAGAAGAGGUGAUUCCGGGUAAUGUCAACCCGUACCUCGAAUCCAAGAGGCAGUUGGAUCCUCCUUUGUGGGCUAGCAAGAUCCGAUUCUACCCCUACAGCUACCACAAGCGCACCGUUUGUAUGAGGGUGGAACUCUACGGUUGUAGAUGGACGGACGGCAUAGUCAGCUACUCGAUGCCCCAAGGAGACAAACGGGGAUCGAACUGGGAAUUCUACGACAACGGAUACGACGGGCUGUGGGACGGUAACGACUUGAAGCACGGCCUGGGUCAACUCAUAGACGGAAAAUUUGGCCAUGACGAUUUCAAAACCGAUUUCUACGACGGCCAGACGUGGGUCGGUUGGAAGAACGACUCCCGGCACAAACCUGUCGAGAUCAAGUUCGAAUUCGACAAAGUUCGAGAGUUUUCUGGCGUUCACGUUUACUGCAACAAUCAGUUUACCAAAGACGUCCAGGUGUUCGCGUUCGCCAAAGUGCAGUUCAGCAUCGGGGGCAAGAGGUUCAAUAGAGGCGAACCUAUUACUUACGAGUACAUAGCGGACAAAAUCUUCGAAAACGCCAGAAACAUAAGCAUCAAGCUCCAUCACAGGGUGGGCAAGUACGUCAAGCUCCAACUGUAUUUCGCGUCGAAGUGGAUUUUGGUCAGCGAAGUGUCUUUCGAGUCUGUGACGGCUCACGGCAACUUCUCCAUCGAACCGGAACCGACGAGUACGCCCCACGUGAAAAUCACCAACGACCACCAGCAUAAAAUUGAGAUCCCCGUGCCGAACGAAAUAAACGACCAAGCUGUGAUUGUAAUCAUAUUUAUAGGAAUUAUUUUAGUUAUAAUUCUCCUAGGGGGGAUCGCCUUGAUAAUAUACCGAAUUCGCAAUAAGAAAUUCACCAGGAGUCCCAACUCCUCGAAUAUAGGGUUCCCUAAUGGCACCAUACCUCAUAUGACCGCCGACUCAGUGUACGGAGUGAACGAAAAAGGUGGCGCGAUAGAAGCGUACGGUGUUACCGAGAUUGAAGAUUAUAGGAGAAGUCACGGAUCGGUCAAGUCUAGCAUGAGAUCCACGCUGCCCCUGCCUCAUCCUAUUCACAACUCUGAGGGAAAUGAGUACCAGGAGCCCUACCAGGCCAUGAAAUUUGCGCCGUACUAUAGUUACAGUACCGUCGUGAUGGAGAUGCAGGACGUACUCCCGAACACCAUGGAAAAGCCGCACAUCAAUCAAGACAAUUACGACUACGCGGUGCCCGAGGCCGGCACUUUACCACUCUUAGGAAGUUGCGAGCAGAAUACACUGCCCAUGACGAGGAAUAGAAUAAAUAGUACAUCUAAAAACCCACGGGUGUCGCUGCGCAGCACUAGGAGUGAAGGCCACGAAUCCAAGCAGCCUCCAAAACAACAUGAUGCCCUGGCAGAGCUUAAAAAGCGCUUGGAAGAAACAACUAUUCCAGAGUUCCCUAGGCACAGACUGAGAAUGCUGUCCAAAUUGUCCGAAGGUGCGUUUGGAACUGUCUACAUAGCCGAAGCUAAUUGUUUGGCAGACUACUCGGCAACCUCGUUGGACACCAGACUCGUAGCGAUUAAGUUUUUGGGUGAAAAAGCGUCCGAAAAGGAAAAGAAAGACUUCUACAGAGACGUAAGAAUCCUCGCCGCUUUGGCAGACGACAACAUAGCAAGCGUCCUCGGGAUUUGUAGCCAGGACGAACCACUUUGCGUUGUCAUGGAGUAUUUGGAGCACGGCGAUUUGUGCCAAUUCUUGAAAACUCACGUGGCCGCCGAAUCCAGUUCCGGUCUACCAUACGGGGUUAAGUCAUUGACCUUUAAUUGUUUGUUAUACAUGAGCACUCAGAUAGCGUCUGGCAUGAGGUAUUUGGAAGCUCUGAAUUUCGUUCACAGGGAUUUGGCUACAAGGAACUGUCUGAUUGGGAAAGGGUACCAAAUUAAAAUAUGCGAUUAUGGGACUUACAACGAAUUAUAUGUCAACGAUUACUAUAAAGUAGACGGGAAUACUCCUCUUCCUAUCCGAUGGAUGUCAUGGGAGGCUGUUUAUCAAAUGAGGUAUACGACAAAAAGUGACGUGUGGGCCUUUGCGGUGACUUUAUGGGAAAUAUUGACCCUGUGCCGAAGACAACCCUAUGAUUGCAUGAACGAUCCGGAGAUUAUGGAGAAUUUGGCAAGACUCCAUUGUGAUGAUAAUCAGUAUAAAUAUCUUCCAAGACCCUCUACUAAUAAGGACAUAUACGAUUUGAUGCUGGAAUGUUGGCGAAGGAAUGACACAGACAGGCCCACUUUUAGAGAGAUCCAUAUGUUUUUGCAGAGAAAAAAUUUAUGCUACGCUCCCGUUUAAGGGCUGAAAUCGAUACACAGAAAGCAACGCUCCGACUACAACCUACUGAAUCUUGGCCCUAAUUUUGUAUAGUUUUGUAUGCAAGACUGCGCUAGUUAUUAGAGGGAUCAAAUCAACUCUUUUUGUAUAUAUGACACAGGGUGAUAUUAUAUUACUUAGUUUGAACAUAUCUAUUAUUUAUUGUAUAGGUUAGACAGUAGUUCUCUUGUUUUACCAAAUCUUGAAAAGCAAAUGAGAUUUUUACACCUUUCUGCCUAUUACUACUGUGGUAUUAUUAUAUGAUGAGACAUAAAACUUUCUUUGGAAAGUACUUAUGUUAGAUAUAAGUUAUGGCACAUUACGAAUUUACACAAACCGGAAAAACUGGAACUGCAUUUAGUCCUUAAUCACAUAAUUUAUAUCUAGGAUAGGAACUUUGGUUUUUGGUUAUUUUAAAAACCUUUCUCGCAAGUUGUUGAAAUUUAGUGGCUUAACAAUGCUUGAAACAUUUGUUAUAAAACUCUUCACUAGCACAAUAACUAAAGACAAUGUUCUAGAUAUUAAUACUUAAUAAUGUAUAAAGUAAAAAAUAUCAGUGUUAAUAUAAAAAAAAAUAUUUACUAGUCAAUUUUUUCAGACAAGCCUACUCUAUAUGAAUGUAAAGUUAAAAAAUAUAAAUAUAAAUCUUUUUACUACAACGAGACAAUGUGACCCUUUGGAGCUUAAACACACGAUAACUGUAUAUUCUAAAUGUAUAUUUAUUUUUAGCUACUGUAAACCCCUUGUUACUAUAUAACGCCUCGAAGAGGUAACUUUCCCCGCUAAACUCGCUUAUGAAAUUGACAUGUAUACUUUUGUAGAUUUUCUAACCACUACAUUACUUUUUUACAAUAGAUUUACAUACGAUUUAUGUAAUUGAGGGAUAUUAAGCAAGCAAUGUUUUACUGAAGGAGGCAAUAUUUUUCAAACUGACACAUAAGUACAUAAACUUGCAUAAAAAUUCGGUAUACAUUUGAAAACAAAUGAUAUUUUAAUACAAUAUAAUCACUUUUUAUGUGCCAAUAAUUUUUUAUCCAUUUACUGCUUCAGAUCUGAUCUCAGCUCUCCUAUUCUAUUUCGAGAAAUUCUCUUAUAGAAAAACGGCAAUAAUUUGCUUUAGGAAAUUGUUUCAUUAUCUGUUAGGGAGCAAAACAUUCCAAAUGUACUUUACGAUGAAAUUAUUGUGUAUGUACUUGCAAAAAUGGCACAAUUUACUACUACUAACUUUUGUUGCAAUAAUUGUAAUGAUUAUGUCCGCAAAAAUGUUUUACACGAAAAAUUAUUACUGUCAAGUAACAUAUCAAGAUUAAAUUAUUAUUG